UCAAUGCACUGACAGAGGAUGGUAUGAGCAUCUCUCAUCAUCAUCAUCAUUGCUCAUCUGCAACACAUUUGUUGUACAUGCAGCCCAAGAAUAAUGGAAGACGAGGAAGUUUCUUGCAGUUUCGUGCCCACUGUCGCCGUGAAAUGUAAGAUGUGGAGACUUUAUUACCAGUCCGGUCCAGCAGUAGUCACAUAAUGGCAUGUAGAGGCUCGUGCUGUUGUGGCUGUGGUCCAGUGAAUGAAGAUAAUGCCCGGUUCAUCAUGUUGCUACUCCUCAUCAUCCUCUACCUUCUGUGCGGAGCCGCGGUGUUUUCAGCCCUGGAGCAUCCGAAGGAGAAACUGGCGAAGGAAAGGUGGGCUCAGAGGUUUGAGCUGUUCAGCCAAAAGUACAACCUCAACAAAAGUGACCUGGAGAACUUCUUGAGACAUUAUGAAGAGGCGAACAUGGCAGGGAUACGGGUGGACACUCUCAGACCGCGUUGGGAUUUUACCGGAGCCUUUUAUUUUGUCGGGACUGUCGUUUCUACCAUCGGGUUUGGAAUGACCACCCCCGCCACGGUCGGUGGCAAAAUCUUCCUGAUCUUUUAUGGCCUCAUCGGCUGCGCAGCCACCAUUUUAUUUUUCAAUCUCUUCCUGGAGAGAAUAAUAACAGUGUUGGCGUUCGUGCUGAAGUCGUGCCAUGAAAUCCAACGUCGACGCAAGGGAGUUUUACCUCACGACAGCAGACAGGACUCAAGGCUAAACCAUGAAGACAGUCUUGCAGGAUGGAAGCCCUCGGUUUACUGUGUGAUGCUGAUCUUAUGCGUGGCGGCAAUAAUCAUUUCUUGCUGUGCUUCGGCCAUGUACUCUUCAAUCGAAGGAUGGCGAUACUUGGAUUCGCUUUACUUCUGCUUUGUGGCGUUCAGCACCAUUGGUUUUGGGGAUAUGGUCAGCAGCCAACGAGCCAUUUACGAGAACCAAACCGUCUACCGAAUCUGCAACUUCCUGUUUAUUUUAAUGGGCGUUUGCUGCAUUUACUCCCUAUUCAACGUCAUCUCCAUCGUGAUCAAGCAGGUGCUCAACUGGCUCCUGAAAAAGCUGAAGAUACCUUGUCGUCACUGUCACAGGAGGUCUCUUCGGCCCCGCAGGAACGCAGUCAUGCCGAGCCAUCUCCGAACACGCGUCCGCAACAUAUCCAUAGACACGGACGCAGUGAACGACAGUGAGACGGAUGGACGCAGACUGUCUGGAGAGAUGAUCUCCAUGAGAGACUUCCUGGCGGCUAAUAAGGUCAACUUGGCGAUCAUGCAGAAACAGCUGUCUGAGACUGCCAAUGGUCAUCCCCGGCCGGGCGGCUCAACAAACAGACACAAUGGAUUCUCUGGUGGAGUCGGAGCUUUGGGUAUAAUGAAUAACAGGCUAGCAGAAACCAGCGUGGACAGAUAAAUAUAACCUUUGCUAACAAACGAACACUGUUGGCUUCAUGAAAAGCCAGAUUGCACUGCCCGUAGUUUAGCUACACUGGAAAAAAAUAACUGUUAAUUAACAGUUUCCUUUUUUCUUGUGAUUCACAAGAGUUUUCCGGUUAUUUACAGUUGUGAAUUGCAUUUGAUCUCUGCUCUGUCAUCUUUUUAUGUUGAAAAUUCAACUCUUAAAGUUUAACAAAGUGACUUUUAUUGACAUUUUAGUUGUUUGAUAUAACAUAUAUAAAGAAGUUAGUCUGUAAAAUAACAGAAAAUGUACUGGCAGGUUAUUCUAUAAGGUUUUUGUAUCGUGAUAUACAACACCAACCCAUACAAUAUAACACUUUAAACCACUGGUUCUCAAAGUGGGGGACAAUGAUAGGGGGGGUCGCUUGGUGAUUUCAAAUAUAUUGGUGAAGGUGAAGUCAAAUAACUAUUAGAAUUGCCAUAUUUUAUCUAAAACCCACAGAAAAAUGGUAGUUAAUAGAUGAAUUACUGGUUUGUAAACAUUCAGGAUGCGCUCACAGCGAGGUUGCAGAAAAAAAAAA